AUGGCUAGCCUUCGGUCACAUGCUCCCAUUCCUCGAGCUCUCCAAAGCCUUAGCCGAAAAAGGCCACAGAAUCUCCUUCAUCACCACCCCAAGAAACCUCCGAAGACUCCCCAAACUCCCCUCACAGCUCUCAGACCUCAUCGACCUCAUCCCUCUCCGUCUCCCGCCGACCAAGGGCCUGCGAGAGGGCGCCGAGGCCACGGCCGACCUCCCGCUCGAAGAAGUCCCGUACCUCAAGAAAGCCCUCGACUCUCUCGAGCAACCCUUUCGCCAAUUCAUCGAACGGGCCUCCCCAAAGCCCGAUUGGAUAGUUCAGGACUUCAUCCAGCACUGGAUACCCGAAAUCGGCGCAGAGGCCGGCGUGCCGACCAUCCAUCUGUCCAUUUUCUCGACGGGCUUUUACGUCUUCAGUGGACGAUCCCCUUCCCUUCGAACCUCUGCUACCGGCUACACGAGGCACGAAGGCUCUUCAGCGACAGCUUUACUUCGAACGCAUCGGGCAUCUCCGACUUCCAAAGGAUCAAGCUCGUGCUGGAUGGCUGCAAGGCGGUGGCUAUUCGGAGCAGCAUGGAACUGGAACCCGAAUGGUUGGAGCUGCUUCCGAAGCUUUAUGACAAGCCCGUCAUUCCCAUAGGUCUACUUCCGCCUCCGACGACAACCAUGGAAGGAAGCCGUGGAAGCGGAGGAAACGACAUCCUCGAUUGGCUUAGCGAGCAGAGAUCGAGGUCCGUAGUAUUCGUCGCUCUCGGAACUGAAGUUGCCCUGAGCUCGGAGAUGCUGCACCAAUUAGCUCUUGGACUUGAGAUAUCCAAAGUGCCAUUCGUAUGGGCGUUCAGAAAGCCCGCUGGUUCGCUGAACCACGAAGGCUUACUGCCCGAGGGGUUCGAAGAGAGGUGCAAGAGGUACGGGAUUGUCGCCAGGGGAUGGGUGCCGCAAUUGAAGAUACUGGCUCAUGAAUCUGUUGGAGGAUUCUUGACGCACUGCGGAUGGGGUUCGGUGGUGGAGAGCCUCCAUUUCGGACUCCCGCUUGUUAUGCUGCCUAUAUCCGUCGAUCAGGGGAUCAAUGCGCGGAUGAUUAUAGAGAAAGGGAUAUCGGUUGAGAUCGAACGAAAUGAGGAGGAUGGGUCGUUCACGAAGGAGGCGGUGGCGAAGGCGCUGAGGGGGGUGGUGGUGGAGGGAGAAAAAUAUAGAAAGAGAGCCGGAGGAUUGAAAGAUGUUUUCACUGAUAAAGAUCGGCAGGAGAAGUACGUGAAUGCGUUUGUUCGGUAUCUGCAUGAAUUAUGA